UCGUCACUCAUAGCAUCCGAGUGUUCGCCGAUGUAGUCGACUGUAGGCCAGUAUUUCCCUCCGGAUGCUUUCCUUCUAUGUGGACUCAACCUAGGCUGUGGCUUAGCCAGGGCGGGUAUACAAAUCGUUAUCUUUCGUGGCUGUCAGGGGGCUGUCACCGCCAUGUGUAUGCCCAUCAGGAUCAGUAUAAACACAGAGGGGUUUGCCGCGCAAGACGCCAAGCGACCGACAAAUACCAAUGUCCAGUACUGGGAGAAGGCUCGUGAGAAGAGGAAGAUGCUGCAGUCAGUGGGUCUCGCAUGUCAGGGACUUGGACUCCCAGAGGGAUUCUCGUUGGGGCUAAUUCUGGAAGGAGUCUUCGCGGACUCUAUCCUUACGUGGCGGUUCAGCUUUUACCUUAAUCUCAGAGUUAACGCGCUUCUCCUACUCGAUGGGUGGCGGAGUCUUCCGAAAAAAUCAUGUGCGCCAUCCUUCACGGUCCAUGAUGAAGCAGAAGAUCGACUGGACUGAAGCAUUGCUUUCCAUUAUCAUCCUGGCACUUUCUUGCCGCACUGGGGUGAGUA